AUGUCAACCCUGGGUCGUAGCAAGACCCCGUCGCGUGACGACUCGAAGAAGCCGAGCGUUUUCGAGAAGCUCUCCGGGACCCUUUCGAGGAAGAAGAAGCUUCCAGAAGAGGAGCAAAAUGGACAAGGUGGUGGGCAGCAUGGUGGUGCCGAGGAGGAUGAGGUUUUGGAGCUCGAACUCGAAGGGCGCGAGGCUCUUGACUCAUCGCUCGUUCCAGUCUUGGCUAGGAAUAUUUGGUUGGAAGAGGGUGAAACCCGCCGCUACCUCACCAAAGAGACCGCCCGUGACCAGAAACUCGCUCAAGUAGUCGAUUUGCUCAUCUACUGGCUCAACGAGGAAUUGGCGGACCAACGUAUCGUAGUCCGUCAUAUUCAGGAAGAUCUGUUCGAUGGCCAGAUUAUUCAGAAGUUGUUGGAAAAGUUGGAGCAGAUUAGGAUCGAAGUGCCAGAAGUAUCUCAAUCCGAGGAGGGACAACGUCAAAAAUUGCAAAUUGUUAUCCAGACGGUUAAUCGGAUUCUGGGACAACCGAGGGAUCAGGAGAAGUGGUCAGCUGAUUUGAUUCAUCAGAAGGACUUCACCGCCAUCAUCCAACUCCUCGUGCUCAUCGCUCUCCACUACCGUGCCCCAGUCCGUUUCCCCGACAACGUCGUCGCCAAUGUAGUCGUCGCUCAAAAAGAACACGGCCAAGUCAAGACUCAUCGUAUCACCGAACAAAUCACGACAGUCCAAACUGAAUUGGCACCGAAGGGUACUCGUGACGCAUUCGACACUUUGUUCGAUUAUGGACCGGAUAAGUUGGCUCACGUCAAGACGUCGCUCCUCGCCUUCUGCAAUAAGCAUUUGAACAAGAUCAAUCUGGAAGUUUCCGAUUUGGAUACCCAAUUCCAGGACGGAGUUUUCUUGGUUCUUUUGGUCGGCUUGUUGGAAGGAUACUUCGUCCCUCUUUACCAUUUCAACCUUCAAGUUCACGGACAUGAGGAGAAGGUGAAGAAUGUGAGCUUUGCGUUUAAGUUGAUGGAGGACGCUGGAUUAGAGAAGCCAAGAAGUCGUGUACAGGAUAUUGCUAAUGGAGAUGUUAAGGUAAGAUUUUAUGGGAAAACUGGAAAAAAAUUGGUGAAAAACGGUUGA